AUGCCUGCCGCCAGCCCUAACACCACCAGCAGCCAGUCGAGCAGUCAAAGCGUUUCCGGAGAAAGUCUUAGUAAAACCAAUUUAUAUAUCCGUGGCCUUAAUCCUAAUACGUCCGAUAAAGAUUUAGUUAAUCUAUGCCAACAAUUUGGUAAAAUAACUUCAACAAAAGCAAUAAUAGAUCAGACAACAGGCAAAUGUAAAGGUUAUGGAUUUGUUGAUUUCGAGUCUCCCCAAGCAGCUGAUUUAGCUGUUAGUGCUUUACAGUCUCAAGGAAUCCAGGCCCAGAUGGCCAAGCAGCAAGAGCAAGAUCCCACCAAUCUUUAUAUCGCAAAUCUGCCUAUAUAUUUCUCAGAACAGAAUUUAGAGGCUUUGUUUAAAGAUUAUGGUACAGUUAUAUCAACUAGAAUUCUACGUGGACAGAGUGGUGAGAGUAAAUGUGUUGGAUUCUGCAGAAUGGAAGCUCGAGAAAAAUGUCAAAACGUAAUCGAUGCAUUCAACAAGAAAGUAUUACCAGGUUAG